CACGGUCACUAAGACCGUGAACUACAGCUGUUGCCCGUGAACACGUGCAAGCUAAGCGAUGGGUUUCGACUCCCCUCUUGAGUUCACGGACGCGUUUCAGAGUUCACGACUGUGAAAUGAGGCCGUGAACUGACCAUGAUCCUUGUUUGAAAGAAUAGAUGAAAGGAAGAGAGUGAGAGAGCCCAAAGGAGGGAGAAAGUCUUCUUCUUCUUCAGAUUUUAGAGAGAGAAAGACGAACCAAAGGAGAAGGAGGCUAUGGUUUUGCUCCAAGAGUGUAUUUGGGAAGAUUCUCCCCAAGAGAAGUUUAGCACAAGUGCAAAGAAGAUUGGAAGCCUCUCCAUGAUGGUUUUUACCUCUUCCCCUUGUGUUUAUCCCAUUUCUAGCAUGGAGUAGAUUUCUUUUUCACUUGGGUGUUGUGAAACCCUAACUAUCUACCAUGUAGUUUUUGUUAUGUGAAUUGAAUGAUUGUUUAUGAGUGUUGUUUCAAUCUAUGAUUGAGGUAUUAUUCAUGUUGAUUGUGCAUGUUUGUGCUUAGCAAUCUAAUUGGCCAAUUUAACCUAGACUAGAGAGGGAAACCCCCUUCAAGGGAGGCUCAAUUGAGUUGGUAUUCCUAGGGCUUUUUAAGUCACCUAUCUAGGUUAAUUUAGGGCAAACCUCGAUGUUGGAUUAAGCAAUUUGGUUAAGCGCGAUUAAGCCGACCAACCUUUGGGUUGAGUGAGGGAGUAAGUCAACCAUCGAUUGCCUAAACCGAGAGGGCCGAGUGACAGCCUACAAUGUAUCCCUCGGUUUAGCAAUCGAGAGUGUGGUCUACGAUCAUAUUUGCGUCAACUAGCGGUUCGAGAUCACCUUGCCCAUAGUAAUCGUUUCAAUUAACGUACCAUGGUAGUAGUUAGGGGGAAGCAACACCAGAGUGAUCCUUCUCACAAAAGAGCUUUCAAACCAUUUACUUUUACCUUGCUUUACUUUAAUUAGCAAACUUUUCAACAAAAACUGGGUCACUAGAUAAUGAUUAAAAUGACUAAAGUAGGGGUACACGGACCGACCCGAGUCGAUAUUUAAACAUACUUGCCCUGUACUACACCCGACUAAGGUUUAUACUUGGACCUUAGGCGUGAUUUAAUUGUGGUAUUCGGGACAAGUCAGACCUCAAGGACAAACCAACUCUGAUACCAUGUCAUAAACCAGUUGGUCCCAAUAACUCGAUCCUUGUUUAGGGUUUUCAGAUCUACAGUCAGCAUCCGAUUCGUUGUCUCUCCGUGGCAGCAUCCACGUCAUCGGUUCAAGGUCAAUUUUGUCCAGGUUUUCAGUGUCGUCGCCAUCCCUUCCAUUGGCGCAAUCUCCACCUUCUUCGACAAAACUGAAGCAGAGAAAAGGACUUCUGACUCCAAACUCGUCCAGUCACCAUCCAAACGAGCCAUCCAUCACCUUCUCAAGCGCAUCAACCCGCUCAUGUCUCCACUUUUGCAGUUCGGUAGCAAAGUCCUUUCCACCGUCAUCUUUGUUCAAUCACGACCAGUGGUAUGCUCGGGGAGGCGAAGUCAUCAUCUCCAAAUAUUCAAAGGCAUCGUCGUCAUUGUCGGCUCAUACGGAGGUACCGUCUCUGCCUCCGUCUCCCAGUUCUACUGUCUUCGGUUGUCGAUAUGGAUCUGGAUAUCGGGCGCAAUCGUGUCACAGUCUCCAAAUCAACAGAUCCUCUCGCGGCCGUCGUCAUCAUCUUCUCCGACAGAAGCUUCGGCGACAUCGAUGUCCCUAGCCAGCCUCUGCUCACGCCAUCGUAUGCAGCUCCAAGCCACCAACCGUCUUCAUCGUUAACCUCGUAGGCGUCCUAAUCGUCUGCCACCCUUGUCUCAUCAUCGACCACCUGCGUCAUCGUCGCUAAGGAGCUAGGAGCUGCCGUCGCAAGUCUACCAUCCAAUAAAUAAAAGACAAGAGGUAGGCGGCGGUGAUAGUCUCUCAGCCAAGGGAAUUCCAAAGCUAGAAGAAGGGUUUCAAACCCUUGCCCAAUAAAUGAACCACUUCAGACCCAAGCUAGGCCCAUAUGCUGGGCCCAUGGAGAAGAAAACUUCCCUUUCAUUUUGUGCCAUCGGUUGGAAUUAAUUCAAGUUUGGAGACAGCUAAGUGGGAGGUCACGGCACGGCUACUUUGUGAAGAUGGGUGGUAAUUCAAAGUUAUCAUCCACUUCGUCAAGGGUUGAGAAGAAGUUUUUUUCAUCACCAACAUCGAUUAAAUUAAUGGCAUUGAAGGCAAUCAUGACCGGUAGUGGUCAUCUCUUCAAAUAGCUAGUGUUGGGGGAGAAAGAAUAACUUCUGUCAACAAAAUUUUCAAGCCAUUAGUCGAGGCAUUCACGAUCCAUAAAAUGAUCGUCUCCUUCGUUCAAAAGGCAGAACGAUCAAAGAAGUAAUCGUCCCUUCAUCGUUCAGCUGGCAUUCACGACCUAAGAAAUGGUCGUUCCCUCUUCCGGUUCAUUAAUGGGCACAUAUCAAACAUUCAUUAAUUUUCAAGUCGGGCAUUCACGAUGUUCAUGCUUCGGCUUGAGGGGGAGAAUAGGAGGUCAACAUAAUUCGCUCGACUAACUCAGUCAUCACGUCCACCGCGAUGUACCAAGUGUGUUCAAGUUCAAGAGACGCAGUCAACCGUCUCCAUCAUCAGGUUGUUCAGAGAGAGUCAGUCGUCUCCAAUCAACCUUGUCCGAGAUG